AUGUCCCUCAAAACAGCAAAAGAAAUCUGGGAUUAUCUCAAGGCUGAAUAUGAAGGAGAUGAGAGGAUUCGUGGAAUGAAAGUUCUGAAUUUGAUCAGGGAUUUCAAGUUGCAGAAGAUGAAGGAGUCAGAGUUAGUAAAAGAGUACUCUGACAGACUUCUCAGCAUCGCCAACAAUGUGAGAUUGCUUGGUUCUGUAUUAAAUGAUUCCAGGAUAGUUGAAAAGCUGCUAGUCACUCUUCCAGAGAAGUUUGAAGCCACCAUUACGACUCUAGAGAACACCAAAGACUUGUCAAAGAUUUCUCUUACAGAGCUCUUAAAUGCUUUACAAGCGCAAGAGCAAAGGAGGUCUAUGAGACAAGAAGGGGUGAUUGAAGGUGCCUUACUUGUUAAGCAUCAAGACAGCCGCAGACAAAAGGAGGAGGUUUCAAAAAAUCCUAUCCACCUUGCCGCCAUUGUGAGAAGAAAGGUCAUCCACCAUACAAGUGUUGGAGAAGACCUAACGCCUUCUGCUCCAAAUGCAAUCAACUUGGACAUGCAGCUGUGA